UCUCUCACCUCUUUCACAGCCUAACUCAUCUCUAUCUUUUUCUUGGUUUUUCCUCUGAAAGUUUAAUGGAGAUCAAGUCUGCUUAUUGACUUCCUCUCUCAUCUCUUUCAUUAUUUGCUCUCAAUCGACCUUCAUCGUCUUCUUCUGCAAUUUUUCCAGAUCUGGAAGGUUGAGUUGAAGUCAAUACCCUCAAACAAAUAAUCGAUUUCAAUGGUAGUAUGUGUUUUUAGUAUGUAUUCUCACGACUAAUUUGGUAACUAUCUAUGACUGAUUCUUAUUCAUCAUGUUCAAUUACAAAAAUUUAAUUUUUAAUUUUAGGGUUAGGUAAAUUUUCACAGCUCUUGAUUUUCCUGGUAUAGUUUCGAUCAAGUGUUAUCUUUGUCAAUUGGGGUUGUAGAUCACUUCAACUGGUUCCUAUUGACGGUGUGGUGGUGGUGAUGAAGGUGAAGAUGACUCAGUUUGCCAAUAAGAUUGCUCGUUACAUUGCUUGUAUUUUUGUGAGUUUGGUUUUGGUUGAUUCCAGCUAAGUCAUUCUUAGGUUCCAUGACAUGAGCAUUUGAUAGGGCAAGAAACUGAAGGUGGUAACUGGUUAUCAAGAAUUGAGGGUUCGGUUGUAUGCAGAAUUUUGUUAUUUGUGAUGCUUUGAUUUAUUUAUUUUUGUUGGGUGUUGGUGAUCUUAUCAAAUUUUUGUUUUCAUGUUGAUUUUGAAGAUGAGGAGGAAUAUUUUUGAAGGACCUUAUGGAACGAGGAUGUGUUUGUUUUCCUGAAGUGGUCAAAUACAGGCAGGCGCUGACCCAAAUGCUGUAUCAUAUGGAAAUACACCUCUGAUAUAUGCAGCAAGGCAUGACUGCGUAGAUGCCAUUAUGCGCUUACUGGAAGCUGGUGCAGAUCCAAAUUAUAAAAUGGAUGGAGGAGUUACAGCAUUAGAAAUAGCUGCUAUGGAGUGCAAUUAUCAAAUUGUUGAAGUUUUUUUUCCUGUGACGUCUCCCAUUCCAACUUAUCCUGAUUGGAGCAUCACCGGACUAAUGAGGCAUGUAAAUUCUGAUGCAAACAAAAUGCUGAGGGAAGUCCAUAUGAAGGAGAAGUUUCGCCAGGCAAAAUCAAAAGGAAAAGAAGCAUUUCAGGGAGAGCAGUAUCUUAUGGCAUCGAAUUGGUUCGUAGAGGUUCAGGAACAAACAAAAGUUUAAUCUUCGUGCCAACUGAAGAAGGUUCCACAUUGACUUUCAUUUUUCUUCUUUUAGCUAUUAAAUGUGUUCGUUCUUUGAGUUUUUGUGUUAAACUGUGCUCUUUAUGUUGAUGGAUUCCACAUGUAUCUUUUAAGAAAACUUAUUAGGACUUGUAUUAUGCGAAUUCAGGAUUUGAAUCCUCUUUGUGUGAUUUUGAAAUUAAAUGUCAACUGAAUUCAGUUAUGGGUUGUGCAAUGAAUACAAUGAAUGUUUAAUGGAAUGAAAUUUGGUCCAACAUUAUUAUUUGAGUUUCA